UGUAAAAAACCUUGAAAGGAGAAAGCUUAUGCUCCAAGCACAACUUAUUAUUAUUAUUAUUCUCCAAUUUUUAUUUUUAAAUCUUGAAGAGGGUACCUUAACCUUACCCUUUAUUUUAAUGUGUAUAUAAAUACAAAAAAAUAACUGAACCAAAGAAGCAAAGCAUCUCUUGACUCUUGUUCUUGAAAACCUCCUCCUGUGAGUAUCUCAACUUUCCUUUGCUUACAAUUAACAACUAGAAAUCUUUUCAUCCUCUUUCAUAGUCUUCCCAUAUUUAAUCUAUCUAUCUAUCUUUUAGUGGAAAUUCAAAUCUAAAGUUUGGAAUCUUGAGUUAUGCUUCAUGAUUUCAACCAUUAAUGAAGUUGAAAAUGCAUGGGGAGCUGUUUUUUUUGUCCUUUCUUGGAACCCCUGCAUUGCUAUAUAUCACAUGAUCAUCAUCAUCAUCUCCUUUCAUCAACACAAUCUUUGCUAAACUUUUCACUUUCCCAUAAACUAAUUCAUAUGAAACUUCAAACAUCUAUUUCAUGUUCAUAGCUUUGUAACUUUGUAACAUCAUUUGUUAGAAGAUACAAGUUAGAACACAUUUUUUGGUCACAAAAUGGAUUUCUUGACAGGAGGGUCGAAGAACACGUGGCAGCCUGUGAUGGGGCCUGAUACAACCACCUCAAGUUAUUGGUUGAACUGGAGAGGGUUGUUAUGUUGUGUAUGGAUAUUGACAGCAAUGGGUAUAGCUUCAUAUCUUAUAACAAAAUAUGAAGGAGCUUCAAAUCGAAAAUCAAGAAAAAGAGAAAAUGAAGAUGAGGUGGAUGAUUAUGGAGGGGUGUUGUAUGAUGAUGAAAUUUGGAAGCCAUGUUUGGAAGGAAUACAUCCAGCUUGGUUGAUGAGUUAUAGAAUAUUAGCUUUUAUUGUGCUCUUGAUUCUUAUUAUCCUAAAUGCCAUUGUUGAUGGAGGUAGCAUAUUUUACUACUACACACAGUGGACAUUUACAUUGGUUACUAUAUAUUUUGGGAUAGGAUCUUUAUUGUCAAUGUAUGGAUGCUAUCAACACCACAACAAAGUUGGUGGUGACAGAAGUGAGGGAUUAGAUGAAGAACAAGCUGAAAUUACCAAUUUACCCAAUGCUGCUAAAUUUGCGGGUCCUAAUGAUCAUAAACACCCUCGCCAAGUCGCUGGCAUUUGGGGCUAUGUUUUUCAGAUCAUGUUUCAGACGCUGGCAGGCGCGGUUGUGCUUACAGACUGUGUUUUCUGGUUAAUCAUGGUUCCAUUUCUAACCAUUAAAGAUUAUAAUUUGAAUUUUUUGAUUAUAAACAUGCACUCCAUCAAUGCUGUGUUUUUAGUUGGUGACACUGCCUUAAAUAGCUUGCGAUUUCCGUGGUUUCGAAUUGCAUACUUUACCCUGUGGACAUGUAUUUUCGUCAUUUUCCAAUGGAUCGUUCACGCAUGCAUAGCACUUUGGUGGCCUUAUCCUUUUCUUGAUCUGUCAUCCCCAUUCUCUCCAAUAUGGUACUUAUUGCUGGCAUUGUUGCACUUACCAUGCUAUGGAGUUUUUGCUUUAGUUAUAAAACUGAAGCAUUGUCUCUUGUCAAAAUGGUUCCCGGAUUCUAACCGAUAUAUAUUAUAACCACAAAAGAAACGUUACAUAGAUUUUCUUGCUAAAAAAGGAAAGUCUUCUUUAUAAAGACGAGUGGUGACAAACAUAGAGGCUGACCGAACACCCGAGAUUUCUUGUGAGACUGAUACAAAUGUUAGAAUGUUAAUAGCAUUCCUAGAAAAUUAGGAAUAUAACUGUUUGAUGUAAUUAUAUAUUGUAUACAAGCUUAUAGCAUUAUAAAAGAAGUGUUUUCUUA